CCCGGCUGCUUUCGCUUGGCACAGGGACUCCUCCGAGAAGAUGCCGAAGGCCAAGUCCGCAGCGAGUAGCCGCCGGCGGGAUCGUCAGGAGCAGCGCCGGGAGCUGAAGCGAGCUGGAGGACUCAUGUUCAACACAGGGAUCGGACAACACAUUUUGAAAAAUCCUCUAAUUGUUAACAGCAUCAUCGAUAAGACCGUAAAUUUACGUCCAAAUCACACUGAGUUUGUUCCUCAGGAAAAGAUAUGGUACUGCAUAUGAACUGUUUGGAGGAUUCCUUCUGUAUGGGUUACUGUGCUGUGCUUAUGGAGGAUUGAGGGCCUGGAGGUAAAAUACAGACGGUACAGGGAGCAUCCUGGAGCCAUAGAGUAUAGUUCUCCAGUCUCACCGAAUAUUCUACUCAUAAGCAUAUGCACACUGGUAACGUUUUGUAUGGUUACUAUAUUCUUAAAACUGUACAGUGGUUAAGAAUUGAGAAAUCUUUUCCAUUUGAAUGCACUCUUUCCCAUUUGAACUCUUUGGAAGUUACAAUUAGUUACAGUUUGCUGGAAUUAUUGCCAAUGUAGAAAGCAGGAACCCACCAGUAGAACCGAUUGCUCUUGCUUUUGUUCUGGCUCCAGAAGCUGAGUAUAUCCCCUAAGUUAGGAAAUACAGGUUUUCACUUAUACCUAAUGCCUUUGAGGUACUACUGCUGUUAACCACAUAAACCCUGAAAAAAAUGAAGCCAGAGUAAAAUGUCUUUAACUGUACAUUGAUAAACAGAAACAGUCACUUACAGACUUUGUGUUCAAGUGGGCCAGAGCAUAAAGGAGUUGUGUUUAUUUAUAGGCUGCUUUAAGACCUACCGAUGUGGUGCUGGAAGUUGGGCCUGGGACUGGCAAUAUGACUGUCAAGCUGUUAGAAAAGGCCAAAAAGGUAGUUGCCUGUGAACUUGAUCCAAGGCUAGUAGCUGAACUUCACAAAAGAGUUCAGGGCACGUGAGUAUAUGUAAUAACUAAAGGGCAUUUCAGUCUUCUCAAACAAGCUCUUACAAUUUCUCUCCUUGUUUUCAGGCCUCUGGCCAGCAAACUCCAGGUCCUGGUGGGAGAUGUACUGAAAUCAGAUUUGCCAUUCUUUGAUGCUUGUGUGGCAAACUUGCCUUAUCAGAUCUCCUCUCCCUUUGUCUUCAAGUUGCUGCUCCACCGGCCAUUUUUCAGAUGUGCUAUACUUAUGUUUCAGAGAGAGUUUGCUCUUCGAUUGGUUGCCAAGCCUGGAGAUAAAUUAUACUGUAGACUCUCCAUCAACACACAGCUUUUAGCACGCGUGGACCAUCUAAUGAAGGUGGGGAAGAAUAACUUCAGACCGCCCCCCAAGGUGGAGUCCAGCGUGGUCAGGAUAGAACCUAAGAAUCCGCCACCACCAAUCAAUUUUCAGGAAUGGGACGGCUUAGUAAGGAUCACUUUUGUUCGGAAAAACAAGACACUGUCCGCUGCAUUCAAAUCAAGUGCAGUACAACAACUGUUGGAAAAAAAUUACAGAAUUCACUGUUCAGUACAGAAUACUGUAAUACCAGAAGAUUUCAGUAUAGCAGAUAAAAUACAGCAAAUCCUAACCAGCACAGGUUUCAGUGACAAACGGGCCCGUUCCAUGGACAUAGAUGACUUCAUCAGGUUGCUACAUGGAUUCAAUGCAGAAGGCAUCCACUUCUCCUAGCCAUUUGAAAACUAUUUUUUCAAGACCAAGAAAAAAUGAAAUUAUACAAUCCUACUAUUUGAGAAUACAACCAAUUUUGUUCUACAGGACAUCAUUUAAAUUAUUUAAUAAUACUUUUUUACCAUUUAUUAUCCUGUAUGUGAAAGGUGGUUGGGUAUAUAUAUAUAUGUAUGUAUGUAUGUGUAUUAUAUUAUAUAUAAAUAAUACCCUGCCCUUUGUAGUAGACCUAGUGUUUUAUAUAUAAAUAUAAAAAUAAUGGUCUUUAAGUUUGAAAGCCACAGACACACACAACAUACACUUAAGCUUUCUAACAAUUUAUUGUAUGAAGACGUUACUUUUAUUCACUAUUUUAGACUGUGAGGUUCACGUAGGCCUACAGCUCACUCAACUAGUCAGAAAGCCCCCAAUGUGACUUUUCUUCACACACCUUCACCCUACGUGUUAUUAUUUGCCUCUUGCAACACAAACAACAUCAUAAUUCUGGGAGCUGAGUCUGCUGCAAUGACAGUACAGGCAAGUUCUGCAUAAGACUACCUGUAAAAUGCAGAAGCUUAGAAAGUAAAAACUCAUGUUAAAUCACAUAUUUCCUUAAGGGAGACAAGAUCUACAAUUUUCAGAUUUAGAAAAACUCUGGAGGGUUUUGUCAAUCAAAUAGGUGGUCUCAUUAAUUUAUGAUUCAUUUCCUUUCUUGAAUGAGAGGGUCUUUUGGAGGUUGACUUUAAUCUCAGACUCUUGCCUCAGCCUCCUAAAUAAAUUCUGGGGUUAUACUUGUGCAAAGUAAGUUUUCCAGUUUUAGUUUUCAGCUUUUUAAAAGAACAGACUAAAACUACAGGUUCCUGGUUAUUCCUGACUUCUAGAUAAUUAAAAUUCUACUACCUGGUGUUUCUUUUUAAGCUAUUUAAAAAUUGUCAGAUAAAAGAUAAAUGCUGUUUAUAUAUUUUAAUAAAUUAGCUGUUUUAUUUAUAUAAGGAAACUAAACUAGCUUCUCUAUUUAUACUUAAAACUUAAAAGGAAUAUCUCCAAUUACUUGAGAAAAAGAAUGCUAAGUAAACUUAAUAUAAAUUGCUCGCCUACAGUUUUUCCUUCAAAAUCCAGUUUCUAAGUCAUAUAGUAAACACUUAUUAUAGUAGCUAUGAAUAGUUAGCAGCCUUUAAGUUUGAGACAUUUCUAAAGAAUAUUUAAUCUAGAACAAAAACAUUUGCUUAGCUGCAAAAGCAGCUUUUGUCAUAUUGAUCAGAACUGUUCUUAAAGUUUGUUUAUUGUCAGAACAACUUUGCACAGUUCACUUGUACCAUUCUCUACCUUAGGGAAACAAUUCUGCUAGACUAGGCUUUCUCAGCUUAUUUUCUUCCAACUAAAGCUUUCCCUCCGUAAAGCUGAAUCAUAUUUUACCUACCAAGAUAUUUAUUGAUGUACUCUGACUACAGAUCAGGACGAAGCCAAUAAGGAAACAUGUAUCUAUAAAGACCUUCAAAGAUAAUACCUGUCCAAUGCCAGUAACAUUAAAGCUCAACUGUUAGGUAAGUUAUGAGCAAGUUUGUGUCUUUAUUGCCCACUAUAUAUGAGACAUUCUCAGAACUGGAGGCAAGGUCUUUGUACAUAGCUCUGGCUGUCCUAGAACUUAGUAUGUAUACCAGGCUGGUCCAGAACUCAGAAAUCUAUCUACCUGCCUCUGCUUCCAUGUGCUGGAUGCAACUAAGGGCAUGCACCACUAUACCCAGCAAAAAUUACCUUCUUUAAACAGCUGCUGCAAGGUCAAUAGAAAUAGUCCUUCAUUCUUCCUCCCGUCUUUGAAACAAACACAAAUAGAAUAUAGCAUAAAACUCCAAGAAAACCUGAGUUCCUUCCAAAACAAAGCUAAUUAUAUUGAAGUACAUUAUUUCUAAAUUCGUUUCAUAAAUUUCAUUUAUUAAUAAGCAUAUUGUGAAAAAAUCUACAUUUGAUUUAGAUUUCAUGUUUACAGAGUUUUCACCAUGGUGUUCGGAUUCCUCAGAGCUACUCUCAUCAUUUAUGACCAGUGAAGUAAAGAACCUGGCUCAUGACUCUUCAUGGAUUUCCCCUCGGUACACUGAGUCAUCAGUAGGCUCCCUAGAGUUAAGAGAUCCAUGGGAGGUUCUUUGGUUAACCUACUGGACUAGAUAGUGGGAACCAAGGGAAAACUCCUAGAGAUAUACAUAUAUAUAUCUUUAAACAAUAUUUACAUGAAAAUUGGCCAGUUUUCUUUCUUAGAUUAGCAGCUAAAAAUGAGUGCUGCCAUUAAUAGAGUAGCCUAUUUUGCCAUCAAUCUACAGGCGAAAUAUGAUUCUCAAAAACCAUCACAUACUAGGUUUAGAUGGAGCUUGGAAUAACCUGCCUCAUAAGUCAUCAACACUUCUCAGGGGUACAUACUGUCUAUGCUUGGUUUAUCUAACUUGUAUUAGGGAUUACUUUCAGUGUACAUACAAAUGUUCAUGCAUCAGAAGCCAGUUUCCUUUAACAGUACAUUAAAUUUUGGUGAGUUAAUAAACACUUCAACUUAAAUAAUGGCAUUGUUAAGGACCAAAUUCCACUAUUAGUCUUGUUAACACCACUGGCACACACACUGCAUAUGUAUAUAUGUAUUAUCCUAAAAUAAAACUCCUCUCAGAA